UAGCUAACUGGUUGAACGCGACACGUGUACAACUAACCUGUUAGCAAGUCGGAAGUUUUCUAGUUCCGACUAGCAGUGAACGCGGCAUCUGUCCUGAGUGUACCGUAGCGCCACAACAGAAUGUAGACCAAUGAAAACGGUGCCCGGUGAUGCUACGUUACAAUAAAUAAACGACUUCGCGGUGAGUGUUGCAUUGGCACAUGCGUCUGUUCAGGUUAGCUUGUAAAAUAACAAUUCAUGUUCUAUGUUUGGAAGGCCAUGCUAGCUAACGUUAGCUUUGCUCUUGAUAGCUAGUUAAUGUUAGCUAGCCUAGUGUGCAGUAGCUUACUAACGUUACCAUCCAGCUAACUGACAGCGCGUAACGUUAGCUAGGACUAGGAGAGAACAUAAGGGCGUAUUUGAGUAGCUAGCUAGGAAGCUGUCUCCUUUUUAAUUGAUAUUAUGCGACAGGGAUAAAGCUAGCUAGACAUUUUCUAUUUUAAUAACUGAAUAGUCCUGCUAUUAAGUAACGUAACGUUAAGCUAGCUAUGUGGCUAGCUAGUUAGCAAGCAUCACUAACUAUCACAUUUUGCAUAAUCCUCAACGGAUUUUGCCAGUAUUCUGCUGCACAACCUAGCUAGUUUUAGCUAUCUCCCUGUCCGGUGUUGCUGAGCUAGCAAUGCCCUGACCAUCGCUUAUGCAUGCACCAUAUCCUGGUAAACAAUGAAAAAAAUGCAGGCUCACUCAAGACAAAUUUAGCAUUAGCCAGUUAGCUUUCUAGCCAGGGGCUUGGAGAGGGCACAGUUUUCGCGAGGCGUAAAGUUAGCUAACUAGACCAAGAUGUACUCUUACGGAGUCUACCUUUACUCCUUAACCAUAUAAAGAUGUCUAUUAAUUUAACCUUUUGUUUUUUGAAAAUUAUUUCUCGCUGAUAUGAAAGGUAAGGAGGUCCUUAUGCUUCCAAAACCAAUGCGUGUUAAUGUUCAGACCGAGCGUCGGGGCUCUUAACAAAACUCCCCUGUACAGAAGACGCCUUCUUCCAAUGACUCUUAUGUGUAAUUAAAUGUAACUGGGGUUCAUGAUCAAGGCCUAGUUAUUAGCAGUUCUUCAAAGUGCUAUCCAAGGUACCGAACCGUGGCAGACACAGGAGAGUCACGCACUAACUUCAGUUGUACCAUUUAUUAUGAUCUAUUCUAGUGUUACCCAAGACUUCCCAAAUGGUGUGAAUGAGAGAUAGCUAUGGUAAUAUUGGUAUGUUGCCAGGCUAUGCCGGCAAUUCAGUGAAACUAGGCCUAUUUUAUCAGAAUUCACAAUCUUCAUGCCCUUGGAUCUGUGAACAUGCUCCCUUUUCCCUCUGUUUUGUAGGUGUCCAGUGAGAGUGCGUGUAGAGCUAGCUGUAUGAUGUCAAUGGUCUUGUUUGCCUCUGUGGUGCGGGUGGUGGACGGUCUACCCCUGUCUGCCUCCACAGACUAUGAGCAGGACAAAGGCCUUCAGGAAACCAAGAAGCAAGUCAAAGCACUGUCCAAGAAACUCAGCCAGUUCCCUGACCGGUGCACUCUGAAGGCUGGACAGUACAAUAUCAAGUAAGUUGCAAGUCAGGCUUAAUGGGAUACUUCGGGAAGUUGCUAACUAGUGCUAGGGCAACUGCUAAUUAGCGUUAGCGCAAUGACUGAAAGUCUAUGGGUAUCUGCUAGCAUGCUAAGUAUAAUUUUAACUGUGAAUCAUAAAGGGUGUUAUAGGGUUUUCCAUGUAUGUUUUGAGGUUGGACUUUAGCUCAUUAGCACGUAGGGCGCACCGAUUGGUGUCACCUCCUUAGUCAGUAUGUGUUACACCUGUGCUGGUUGCCAUCUCAUUAGUGGGAAGGUGUUUCACCUGUGCUGGUCCAGGUUCUAUUUAAGAGUGGCUGGUCCAGUGCUCCAGUUGUCUUGAGAGAUGGAGGGUUAACACCUUUAGUUGGCGCUCCCUAUUUUGAUUUAUAGACAAACUAUCCUUUAUCUGAUUUCGUUUUGCUUCACCUUUUUGGUUUGCUUCCUGCCUUUAAGUUUGGUGUGGGUUUUUCUUUUGGUUUGCCUCUUAGGAAAAUGUUGUGGGUGCUCAUGGUGGGUGUCUUGUAGGUCCCAGUUGUUGUUGCUAUGCAACUUUCAGUGGACACCCCCAUGAGUGUCUUAGAACCCCUCCUAAAACCCCACCUGUUUUGGUUGUUGUCAGUGACUCUUUGUUAGCUCCCCUUUUUGUUUGAGUGACUUUUUUGGGGGGGUUCUUGCUGGGGAAUGUAACAAGGGGUAUUACCAGAUAUAUUUGAUAUAAACCCUUCUAACAGACUGGUAUUACCACCACCCAAAGUUGCUAGCAGUUCUCUAUAGUAUCAUUUUGCUUUGAAUGACGGUGUUAUCAUUGUCUAGGUCUGUGGAGGUCAUAACAUUUUAUUAGCUGGUUAUUGUCAUGCAAAAGUUGUCCGGUCUCACGGUAAUUGACCAUUAAUUAACAUAAACACGUUUACCAUCUGCACGCAUACAUGAGCUUUUAGAACAGCUACAUUUAAAACCGUAUCAUAAAUCAAUUUUAUGUACACCAUCACAAUAAAUCCAUGAUUUAUUGUAGGCAGGUCUAAAGAAACAUGAUAUGAAGAAAAUGUAUUUCAGAAGAACAUAAUGAGUUGGCCUGUAUGUUAUCUGGCUAUGUGCCAUGCCUAGGCUGCAGGCUUGUUCAUUUAGCAGACAAGAUAUGAUUAUCUGUGCCAUCAUUUUAUAGUAAGAAGAAUAUAAUUGUACUUAGCUGUAUAAAAUAGAAAGGAGAUUUUUCCCAUUCCCAAGUGCACAUAUGAGGUGGCUGUGUUGAGCGUAAAAGUGAUCUUUUGAAACAGUCUUUUACGCUAGAUUUAGUUAUUUGGCAACUUUAGUUGUAAAUUAUACAUACCUUAGAAUGUCUUUAGAAAUCAAAACAUAUAUGGGCUGCAUGCAACUAUAGGCUAUUGAUGAUUUGAAAGUCGCAAAAAAAAAAGCUUGCGCGCUGUUCCUUGCUUCAGGCUGCACAGCUGUUCUCUCAUCAAGUGAUCAUAUUUUCACCCAUCAGACUAUUCUCAAUUUAAUCUUGUCUUUACUAAUAUGUAAAAUUAGUUUUGAUUUAGAAAUGCCCAUUAUCAAAUGGGCAGGAGUAGGGGGGAAAAGACAUGUCGUCCGUAUGCACUCAAAUAGCGAAUGGAGGCCGCUUGUUUUCCCGCCGGUCCGUUUUUCAAUGAUGCUGGGUAGACUAGUUCGUUUUUAUAGCGGAGCAUGUGCUUAAUAUGAGCAGCUGAGAAAUAAAUAUAAGAACACUUAUUUCACUCCACGCAUCAACCACUGUUUGAGGAGCAUGCAUGCUCUCGCUGCGCGACAGUUGAUAUUCCGCCGAAACUCUAUGCCAUGGGCUCUCCAACCCUGUUCCUGCUGCUACCCAGUGCUUAAUUUGGGAAACCAAGUGAAAUCUGCAAUGAAACAUAUUUCACUAAACUGUUGACAGCCCCUCUGCGCGCUCGAGAAAGGAAUAAAGGAGAGAGACGAGGAGAUGGAAACAAACAGUGGUGAGAUUCUGUAUAGCUAAAGGUAGUGUCACCCAAUGAAUUAUUAAAAUAUAAAAAGUGCCCUAUUACUAGGCUUAUCAAAUAUAAAUUCACUAUAAUUGUAGGCUAACUGUAAGCCACCCUGCUCAAUCAAUGAACCAACAGCAUCGCCUAUGGCUAUACGUUCUCUCCCAGACUCGUGGAUAUACAUUUUGGAGCGUAGCAUAAGGUAACCAGUCCAUCCAGUAUGCAUAAUAAUACAGUCUACAUUCAAAGCCUAUUACUAAAAUGUGUCACAUUCUUUUAGUGUAGGCUAGACCAAUUAUGUACCAAAGACAUCUUAAAUCAGUUAAUUUUUUUCUGGGUGUAAUAUGCUAUAGGCUAUGUAUUGUAUAAAGGCACAAUCAUAAUUGAUUUUUUUGCGGACUUGGGCUCUAAUAUGCAUAUGAAGGUUUUGAAUUAAUCAUCACCUUUGAAAGUGCGGUCCAUUUCGUUGUUAGACUUUGAAACAACAUCCACAACAACUAAAUUUUAUACUCAGUUUAAACAAAGUAUACUUUUAUUUGUUUUUUGAAGAAGUCUGUUAAAGCUCUGUCCCGUAAUAAUUCCCCUAAUAUGAGUUUCGUGACAGUUUGGUCAAUUACAAUUGUCGGGCUAUUUGAAGAAACACAACUGCGGCAUUACAAAAUGCCUCUGUUCACAUGGACGUGGGUUAUUAGCUACUUGGUCCCGUUAAUGCCGCGUUCAAAAGCGCCGACCUCCAAGCAUUUUUCGAUCGGACAAAAGAAAGAGUGCCGACUUGGAAAAAUCGUUUUGUACGGUCAUCCAACUCAGAAUUCCAACUCAGAGACUCGGUAAUCAUCCUAGAACUCUUACUUUCCGACCUGAAGAUCGCUGACCUCACAAUUUGAACUUGUUCUUUACCCAGAGUUCCCAGUUGUCUUGAAAGCACCAUUAGACAACAGAUAUUGGCUUGAAUGAGAAGUGUGUGUGUGUGUGCGCGCGCACAUUCCUCCCUCCAGCAGCAGGGUUGGUUGGCCAUUCACUCUACGGUCUGAAGCCUAAUUUGAUAUCUUGAGGUCCUUUAAUCAAGGCCCAACAUUGCCUCACUGUGAAGGAAAGAGACGGAGGACGUGCCAGACAGCAUUUAAAUCACUGGGUAAUCUAAUUGAAAGAUUUAAAGAUCCGUUUGGGCAAUGCUUAACUCAGAUGUAUUGGACCUUCGAGGGGCUCUGCUCCGCUGCGCUCCAGUUGGGUGGGUGCUAUGAUUUUGGUCCCUCCCUCCCUGGCACUCUCCAAACGACCGUUAUUCAGCACCCAAACUUCAUAAGCUGAGAGAGAGAGAGAGCUAGAGCGAGCUAGCAAUUCCCCCUCCCCUUUUAAUGCCUGUUGGGUGUGAGCCAUGUUUGUUUAAUCUUUCUGAAUAUCUUAAUACAGAGAGACAGAUACUGGCAUCUUAGCACACUGCUAACAAGCCUUCAAGCCACCUGUUAUGUUAACAUUUCUGUGAUUUAUUGAUGGAUUGGUUGGAAACACCUCUGUGGCGAGGUUCCUUUUUUGUGUAAUAGCUUAGAGAUGGUAAUUCUUGGUAAUCUUCCAUAGCUAUUCUAAUGCCAGUUGUUUUGUUAGAGAUAUCUCCAUGACGAUGUAGAUGGAUACACACAAAUUGAAUUUGGAUCCUGAAUAACAUAUGCAGGGACAUCUCUUGGUUUUGUUUAUGAAUACUACUGAACUUACUGUGCUUCCCACUGUUCAGCAUUGUAAUUGCAGGAAAUAAUAGUCCUCCAAUAUAAUCUUGCUCUCUCUCUCUCUCUGUGUGUGUGUGUGUGUCAGUUUCACCUGCUGCCUGGGUGUGGGUUAUCUGAUGGUUUGUACAGAGAACUACCCCAACGUCCUGGCCUUCUGUUUCCUGGAUGAGCUGCAGAGGGAGUUUAUCGUCACGUACGACGCCAAGCGCGUCAACAGCGCUGUGAGGCCUUACUCCUUCAUCGAGUUGGGUGAGUCUCUCCUUUGUUUUCCCAACAAACCCAUGCAUUGCCUUACUUUCGGAACAAAGGGUUUCCCUUAGCCUGGUCCCAGAUCUGUUUGUGCAUUCCUGCCUACUCCUGUCAUGGCAAUGACAGUAGUGUUGGCAAGACUGCACAAACCGAUCUGGGACCAAAUUUUAUUGGUCACAUGCGCCGAAUACAACAGGUGCAGACAUACAGCCCUUAACCAACAGUGCAUUUAUUUUUAACAAAAAAAGUAAAAAUAAAACAACAACAAAAAAAGUGUUGAGAAAAAAAAGAGCAGAAAUAAAAUAAAAUAACAGUAGGGAGGCUAUAUAUACAGGGGGGUACCGUUGCAGAGUCAAUGUGCGGGGGCACCGGCUAGUUGAGGUAGUUGAGGUAAUAUGUACAUGUGGGUAGAGUUAAAGUGACUAUGCAUAAAUAAUUAACAGAGUAGCAGCAGCGUAAAAAGGAUGGGGUGGGGGGGCAGUGCAAAUAGUCCGGGUAGCCAUGAUUAGCUGUUCAGGAGUCUUAUGGCUUGGGGGUAGAAGCUGUUGAGAAGUCUUUUGGACCUAGACUUGGCACUCCGGUACCGCUUGCCGUGCGGUAGCAGAGAGAACAGUCUAUGACUAGGGUGGCUGGAGUCUUUGACAAUUUUGAGGGCCUUCCUCUGACACCGCCUGGUAUAGAGGUCCUGGAUGGCAGGAAGCUUGGCCCCAGUGAUGUACUGGGCCGUACGCACUACCCUCUGUAGUGCCUUGCGGUCGGAGGCCAAGCAGUUGCCAUACCAGGCGGUGAUGCAACCAGUCAGGAUGCUCUCGAUGGUGCAGCUGUAGAAUUUUUUGAGGAUCUGAGGACCCAUGCCAAAUCUUUUCAGUCUCCUGAGGGGGAAUGGGCUUUGUGGUGCUUCUUCACGACUGUCUUGGUGUGUUUGGACCAUGAUAGUUCGUUGGUGAUGUGGACACCAAGGAACUUGAAGCUCUCAACCUGUUCCACUACAGCCCCGUCGAUGAGAAUGGGGACGUGCUCAGUCCUCUUUUUUUUUCCUGUAGUCCACAAUCAUCUCCUUUGUCUUGGUCACGUUGAGGGAGAGGUUGUUGUCCUGGCACCACACGGCCAGGUCUCUGACCUCCUCCCUAUAGGCUGUCUCAUCGUUGUCGGUGAUCAGGCCUACCACUGUUGUGUCGUCGGCAAACUUAAUGAUGGUGUUGGAGUCGUGCCUGGCCAUGCAGUCAUGGGUGAACAGAGAGUACAGGAGGGGACUGAGCACGCACCCCUGAGGGGCCCCCGUGUUGAGGAUCAGUGUGGCAGAUGUGUUGUGGACAGGGAGCGGACCAGGCUAAGUUUCCCUGGUUUGAAGCUUUCAAAUAUAUAUUAUAUUAUAUUCCAUUUAGCAGACACUAUUAUUUUUACGUAUGGGUGGUCCCGGGAAUCGAACCCAUUAUCCUGCUGAAACACUUUGAUAGAGCAUGUUUAUACUGUACCAGCGGUACUGUUCUUCUACAUAUUAUUUGUAGGUUGUAUUUUCAUGAUACGUUUCUCUAUUCUCGCACCCUUCAUACUUGUGUUGCUGCCCCUUCCAGACAACUUCAUCCAGAAGACGAAGCAGCGCUUCAACAGUCCCCGCUCCCUGUCCACUAAGAUCAACCUGGCUGACAUGCAAACAGAGAUCAAGCUUCGACCGCCCUACCAGCUGUCCCCUGAGGAACUAGGAUCCAUCAACGGCUUCUCUUACCACACCCCCUCCAAGUACAAGGGCAUAGGUAGGUACCACACAUACACACAAACACACACAGGACAGGGCAUUAAAAGAUUGGGUUGCGAUAGUUUCUCACAAAAAACCUGUACCGCUCUAUAGGGUUUUUAACUAACCAUCUUUUUAGUGCCUGCAACUGUAGUUCCAGUUGAGUUGUCUGUUACACAGCUUUGUCUUAUCUUUCACAUUCAGCCUUUUGUGUUUUUACGCACAGUAAACGUAUAAGGCUCUUUACGUAAGCUUUAAUAUGAUCACUUAACCGUGUACUGAAUUACAUUGAUUUUAUUUGCAUUCCAUCCACCUCAUUCUAAUCCUCUUUUCCCGUUAACCUUUACUGUAGGCAUCUCCUUUUGUCACGUUAGCAUGUUUUAAAAUGGCUUCCAUCCAUUCCAUACCGCAUGGACAGCUUGGUUGGGAACGUAUUUGGAACAGAGACUUGUUAUUCACUUGAAAGCCCUAUAGGGGCAGCUCUCUGAAGGACAGCUUGGCCUGCAGCUGUCGUGGGUGUGGCCCUUCCAUCAGUGAUCCCUGACUGAGACAGGCCCAUCAUAAAGCCCCCUGCCACUCCUGACGCUGUGGAUCAGCUACCUCUCUGUUGGUACCUUCACACCUCAGUAACCCCAGCUGUGAUUCUGCCCUGGGUCACCACAGCUCCUCUGUCUCCCUCAAGAACCACUGCAUUCAUAUUUUCCUGUCACUCGCUGUGGAUUUGGGAAGGGUAGGAGGGAUGAUCAUCAAAACAUUGUCAUUUUGGGAUUUAGUCAGUGGUUUUUCUUCAGAUGUUAGGAUAAUUCUAAGAUUGCACAUGAUGGUAUAGUGGUUUACCAUUUCUAUUCUCUGAACCUAAUCCUGCUCUAUGUAGCUAUUUUUCAUAUUUAUAUGAAUUUAGUCGCAAGAGACUACUUUACACCCUACCUUAGGUCAAGGCAGCCUCUGGUGUGGAGUCUGUAUUGUGAUUGUGAUGUCCUUCAGAAUCACAACGUAGCUGUUUAUCUCACCCAGUAGAGUCUCAGAAUGUGUCUAUGGCUCAUUGACCAGGUCAUUUCUGCUGGUUCUUAACAGCUCCGUUUCUCUCCUCCCAGCUCCCAGCCAGCAGCUUGAUCCUGUGACUCUACCUGGCAUCGUAUCCUGUGUGCUGAGCAUCCUCUGUGGAGGCCUCAAUCUACUCCGAGGGGUUCAUGCUAUAGAGAGCACCAUACAGGUAUAGCCAGAGAGAUACAUUACAUUGUUCUAUUUAAUUCAGUGGGAAAGACUAGCUGAACACCUGUAGCUAUACCUAAUCCAAGCCUUUUCAUAUGAACCAUUUGUAACACCUGUAUUUAUCUUAGUGGGUAUGCUUAUUAUUGCUUUUCAGAGGCUAUUUUUGUCCAAUGCUUUUGUUGGCUUUCUUGUCGUGCCAGUUUCACCAAGCCUUGUUUUAAGUCUACCUACUUGCUGUACAUUCAUCAUUUAUUAACCUCGCAAUUUUUUCUUCUCUCCCUCAUCUUCCUCCCCCGUUGGUCCACCGGCAGAAUGACGACGAAGACUUGAAUUACGUGAUUGCCUUUUUCCUGGGCACAGCAGCCUGUCUGUAUCAGGUAAGUGAUAGCUAGUUAGAGCAAGAUCUGCCUGCUUGUCUCUGUCUGGCUGACACUGUGGUGAGUGAGUGACUAACAACCCUGCACUUUGCAUCACAGGGGGUGUUAAUGUACCAAUAUAGUCCAGCUACAGUUUACACAUAAUUGUACUUCAAGUAUCUUUGGGUACAUUGAAAAGUGCAAAUAAUAUGUAUUAUAAUUUAUGUUGCCGUAUAGGGCUUUUAUUUUAUUGCUGGUAGUUGAUUUAAGCUUGCACUAAAUAAUUGGGGCAUCCUUGAAUAAAGAUCAAAUAUUGGACAUGGUUUGAAAGCAAAGAAAGAUUGGUGUCCUGCAAGGGAUUUUCAAUACAAUGAAGUAGCUCUAUUGUUCUCACAGAAGUUGACUCAUCUCUGUUUCCUGGUCUCUCUUUCUGUCUUUCACUCCGUCUCUCCCUUUCUCUCUCUCUCUCCCUCUUUUAAGUGUUCCCUGUUUGCGUACUUCUCUGUGUGGAGGAACAGUAAGUCGUUCCUGGCCUUCGCCCUGAUCUGUCUGUCCAACAUGUACCUGUAUGAACUGAGGAACGUGUGGCAGAUCCUCUUCCACGUGACUGUAGGGGCCUUCAUGACACUACAGAUCAGACUGAGGCAGCCGCAGGGCAAAGCUCCGGACUACAACGUCUGACAAAAACUACAACCACGAGACUUGCAAUCAAAUAACAACAAGAAAUAAACAUAAACAACUUCAAUGUCUGACAAAACCCCACAAAGAUACUAAUUUACAACCAACCACCAACAACAACAACCAUGUCUAAGGCUGCGGAGAAAAGAGGCGACUCUGCUCCUGCGUUCUUUAUCAUGUUGCUUCCCCGCCACAGCCCAGACUCUCCCUGGCCCUGCCUCAAUCCCAUUGGAUGCUGAGCUCACUCUAGCAUGGCCUCAAAAUGAUGCGGCCCAAUAGGAUUAAUGGGCGGUGCCACUACAGCCAAAUUAUUAGUUAACUGGCUAAUAAUCUCAUAUGAAUAUGUUUGGGGUAAUAUCAGGAGUCUGAACAGGGUUUUCUGACUUAAAUUGAAAAUCUGGCAUCACAGACAUGUAUAAUUUUUUAUUUUAGUAAUUUAGCAGACGCUC